UACACAAAUGAGGUUUCAUUAUUCUCUCUUCUGAUCAGGAACUUUUUUCCCACGUGAAAGAAGGGGUCUUUGAAUAAAAGUAACCAUGGAGAUUAGAACAAUGUGUUUGGGGCACUUUUUGGUGAUUUCUUUGGCCUUAAACGCUGGGCUAUUGUACAGAGACUACUGCAAUGGGAAGCACAAGUCCCAAGAUUUUUUCUUCUUUAACAAUGGGUUCAAGAAUGCAUCUUUAGCUGCAAAAAGGGAUGCCCAUGUUGCUAAAAGGACUCCAUUUGAAACUAAAGCACCAUUAAAAGCUCUAGGUGAAGUCAUUGAUCUUGAUCACGGGGAUCCAACAAUGUACGAGAGAUAUUGGCGACAAAUGGGGAACAAAACUACGGUCAUGAUCCCUGGAUGGAAAUUCAUUAGUUAUUUCUCAGAUGUAAGAAACCUUUGCUGGUUUUUAGAGCCAGAAUUUGCAAAUGCAAUUAUUAGGCUGCACAAACUGGUUGGCAAUGCAGUGACUGAAGGGCGACACAUUGUCGUGGGGACGGGUUCGACUCAGCUCUUUCAGGCUGUGCUGUAUGCCAUAUCUCCACCUGACGCUUUAGAGCCUAUCAGCGUUGUUUCUGCUGCACCAUUCUACUCAUCGUACCCAUUGAUCACUGAUUUUCUGAAAUCUGGACUUUACAAAUGGGCCGGAGAUGCACGCAAAUUCAAGAAAGAUAAGCCGUAUAUCGAACUUGUGACGUCCCCAAACAACCCUGAUGGAGUAUCAAGAGAAGCUGUGGUCACUCAAAAUCAAGGAACACUGAUACAUGAUUUAGCAUACUACUGGCCGCAGUAUACUCCAAUCUUGUCUCCAGCAGAUCACGAUAUCAUGCUGUUCACCGUUUCCAAAAGCACCGGCCAUGCUGGUACACGCCUGGGUUGGGCCCUCGUUAGAGACCAGGAGAUCGCCAAGAAAAUGACAAAAUUCAUCGUGCUCAGCACCAUUGGCGUGUCAAAAGAAUCACAGAUUCGGGCAGCAAAGAUUCUACAAGUAGUGGCCGAUAGCCACGAACACAGGGGCAACUUCAAGGAAGGUGAAGCUUUCUUUGAACAUAGCUAUAACCUCAUGGCAAAGAGGUGGAAGAAGCUUAGAGAUGCAGUGAAGAAGAACAAGCUCUUUACGUUGCCCGACUUUUCAAGGGGAGCAUGCAACUUUAGUCGUCGUGCUUUUGCAUCACAACCUGCUUUCGCUUGGCUCAAGUGUGAAGGCGGAGUAGAGGACUGCGAGAGCUUUCUUCGCGAUCACAAGAUAAUAACGAGAAGUGGGAAGCACUUUGGCGAGAGUGCGAACUACGUAAGAAUAAGUGUUCUGCCCCGUGAUCAAGUGUUUGAUGAAUUUACAGAGAGACUCUCUAGUAUUAAUUCUUCAUAGUCCAGAACAUGUAACUUCUACUACUUGUAAAUAUUUUCAAAUACCACACAGGUUGGGUAGAACAUUGUGGGUUCUUGUUUAGUUGUUGAUCAUGGGGCAUAUUAAGAUCAAAUAUACAAGGUAGAUAAUAAGUGUAAAAUUACUAAGUUACCCUUUGUAGGCUGAGAAAUCAUUUA